AUGAAAAUGAUGAAUCCGGUAAGUGGAUCCUUCUGCAAUAAGGCAGGCGGUGGCAGGGCUGGGGAGAUGGCUACUCGGCAAGAACGCCAGAUUGUUGGCAAAACCAACCGGUGGCGUUUUCCCCAAGAGCAUUUCCCCGGAGACCUGCUGGCACUCUCCCAGACCUGCAAUGCUUUGAACCUAGACCUUGAUGAAGCUCUGAAGAACCCAGACAGAUUUUGCAUUUCAAAACUCCAAAAGCUUUUCGCUCAGAAUAUCGCGAACAGUGGCAAACAAAUCGGGGAACCAGAUGUGAUUCUUGAAUGCCUCGGAUUCCAGUGGCAACUCCAUCACACCCAGAUUUUUCAAUCUGAGACCUUGGCCAGGCUUUACUUGACAUCCCUGGUACAGAGCACAAAAAACACCCCGAGGGUUCUGGAAAAGAUUAUGAAAGGUCAGCCACCUGGGAAGAUCAAAGAAAGGUCCCAUGUAAAGAAGAUCAUCAUUUCCUUGAAGAUCAAUGACCCGGCAGUCACCAGAGUUGCCUUCGCCAUGGCCCUGAAGAACCUCUACGUGAAGGAGGUGGAGAUGAAUGUGGACAACGUGCUGGGUGUGCUGGCUUCCGCUCACGUCCUCCAGUUCAGCUCCCUAUUUCAGAAGUGCGUCAACCUAAUGUUGACCAGACUCUCACCAAACACAAUCAAGAACUUCUACUUGGCCGGCUGCAAGUACAAGGAAGAGCAGCUCACCUCAGCCUGCGAGAAGUGGCUGGCCGUGAACUUGGUCCCUGUAGUGGGGACGCAGAUCCACCUCCGACACAUCCCUCAGCAUCUGCUGCACAAGGCGCUGAAGUCGCCCAGGUUGUUCACCUUCACUGAGUUCCAUCUCCUGAAAACCUUGCUAAUGUGGGUUUACCUGCAGCUCAACUGCAAGCCUGAGACGAUCCCGAUCCACGAGACCAUGCUAUCAUUUUUUAGCAGCUUUCCCAAGAAGACCUGCUUUCUGGAACGGGAUGCGGGACACAACUGGAUGCAGCUCUUCCUUUGCCUGCGUUUGCAUGGCAUCACCAGUGGUAAGGAUCUGGAGGAGUUAAGGCACAUUAAUUUCUUCCCCGAGUCCUGGCUGGUCCGGGUCACAGCCAACCAUUAUCACGCACUGGAGAACGGGGGCAACAUGAUUCACCUGAAAGAUCUUUCUACACAGGCCCUGAGGUUCGGGCUGGUCUUUAGGCAGGAAUACAUCGCUUACUCAGAAAAGAUUUAUUUAUAUGGAUACUUCUUUGAGAUAAAGGGAAUCAAACAUGAUACUACCUCUUACAGUUUUUUUAUGAAGAGAAUAAAACAUACAGACUUUGAGUGCCCAUCUCCAGUCUGCGAACACAGUGUCAUCAGCCUGAAAGCUGAGCGCCUGGUGAAGUACGAGAUCAGAGCCCAGGUGCUGGUCGAAGGCAAGUGGCAGGAGUUCAGGACAAACCAGAUCACGCAGAAGUUUGGGUUCAUCAACCCGAACAGCAAAAGCCAUGUCUUGAAAAUCCAAACUGUGGGCAUCCCAAUCUAUGCCAGCUUUGCAUUCAUCUUCCCAGCAUCCUGA